UCUCUGGAGAAACUGAGCGAACGUUAUAUCGUACAGGAACAUCGUCACGUCCGUGUCUUCUUGUUAGUUUGACACAGUUCGUUUUUACAUAAAGGAAAAUUAGAGCCAACAUCUACAUGGAGUUUGUUAAUAUGAGUCUCGCAGCGAAACGAGUCGCGGGUCCUCUUCAGUCUGCGGUGUUUACGUUACUCUUACUUCUUUGCUGAUUUCCGCUCCUUAACAUCACCCACCGCUCGCGGUACAGUCUAGCUGCGAUGUGCAAGGAAGGGGACGAGGGGCAGGACGACUGCGGCUCCCGGGAGGAGUGGACGCUGCUGUUCUGGACCUCUCUGGCCGUCAUCAUCCCGGUCAUCAUCACGCUGUGGUGCAGCGCGCAGCGCUCCAAGCGGAAAACGUACAUGAAGGAUUUCUUUCGGAAAAGCAAACACGGCUGGCAUUACACUGACCUGUUCAACAAGCCCACCUACUGCUGCGUAUGUUCGCAGCACAUUCUGCACGGGGCUUUCUGCGACUGCUGUGGCGUGUGCGCGGACGAGCAGUGCUUGCGGCUGGCCGACCGGAGCCUUCUGUGCAAGGAGAUCAUGGCUGCAUCCAGCGCCGACGGAGCCACGAAGCACCGAUGGGUCCGCGGAAAUGUGCCGCUGGCCAGCUACUGUGCAGUGUGCAAACAGCAGUGUGGGACCCAGCCGAAGCUCUGUGACUUAAGGUGUGUGUGGUGUCAGACCACGGUGCAUGAUGACUGCAUGGACAGCCUGGCGGAUGCAGAUGUGUGUGACUUGGGCGAGUUCCACAGUCUCAUCAUCCCUCCUAACUACCUCUACCGCGUCAACAAGCUCCGCCGCCGUCACCCUGAUGAGUACAGCAAGCUGGGGUCUUCCUGCGGCAGCGGCUGGACUCCGGUGUUAGUCCUGGCUAACACGCGUAGCGGCAACAACAUGGGGGAGGCUCUGCUGGGAGAAUUUCGCACCCUCCUCAACCCUGUGCAGGUGUUUGACCUAUCUGAGCUCACUCCUUCCAAAGCCCUCCAGCUGUGCACGCUCCUCCCUCCUGGUAGCGUCCGGGUGCUGGUGUGUGGAGGUGACGGCACAGUGGGCUGGGUGCUUGAUGCCAUAGACACUAUGAAGCUGAAGGGCCAAGACCAGUUCAUCCCAAGGGUGACCAUUCUACCUCUGGGAACAGGAAACGACCUCUCAAACACUUUGGGCUGGGGAGCUGGGUAUGCUGGAGAGAUCCCUGUGGAGCAGGUUCUCCGUAACAUCCUGGAUGCUGAAGUGGUCAGAAUGGACAGGUGGAAAGUUCAGGUAGCUUCUAAAGGACUCUACUUUCGUAAACCAAAAGUUCUGUCCAUGAACAACUACUUCUCUGUGGGCCCUGAUGCUCUGAUGGCGCUCAACUUCCACGCACACCGCGAGAAAACACCCUCCUUCUUCUCCAGCCGCAUCAUAAAUAAGGCUGUGUACUUCCUGUAUGGCACCAAAGAUUGUUUAGUGCAGGAAUGCAAAGACCUGGAUAAAAGGAUUGAGCUGGAGCUGGAUGGGGAGAGGGUGGCGCUGCCCAGUCUGGAGGGCAUCAUCGUUUGUAACAUCGGCUAUUGGGGUGGAGGCUGCAGACUCUGGGAGGGAAUGGGAGACGAACCAUGCCCCCCGACUCGGCUGGAUGAUGGUCUGCUGGAGGUUGUGGGGGUGUUUGGCUCCUUCCAUUGUGCUCAGAUCCAGGUCAAACUGGCCAACCCUGUGCGGCUGGGACAAGCACACACUGUCAGGCUGGUUCUGAAGAGCUCUAAGAUGCCCAUGCAGGUGGACGGGGAGCCGUGGGCCCAGGGGCCCUGCACCAUCACCAUCACACAUAAGACCCAGGCCCUCAUGCUGUACCACAGCGCAGAGCACACUGACGAUGACGACGAUGAAUCCUCUGAGACGGAGGACCCAACACCCCACGACUCCCCCAGGGCCCCUGAUCCGGCUUCUGCUCGAGCAUGAUGCCUCUUAUUCUUAUCCUUUACUCAGUUCUGUUGUUUAUCCAUCAUUUGCUUUAGUUGCUCUUCUCUAAGAUGUUCGUACACACAUCAGAUUUUUGCAUUUUGCUGUGCAAGAAGUUAAUAUUUUUUAAAGCCCUUGCUGGCAUUAGAAGAUUAGUUUGUAUUCAUUCCAAAGUGUGUUUGAAACCUUCACAUCACUUGUAACCCUGAGCUCAGGCAGUUCCUCCUGGGAAGGAAGUGAAUAUGUUGAGAUAAAGACUGCUGUUUAUUUGCACUGAUCCCCUGCUUCCCUGUGCCAUAGAGUCUGUAUUUGACUGCCCUGUUUUUAUUAUUAUACUGUAUUUACAAUUCGAACCUGAGUGCAGUCCUGCAGAUAACAGUGAGCCAUUUGAACGUGUAAUCCAGGUCACGUCAACCCCCUAAAAGCCAUGUCGAAAUUAGCAGCAUUAGCAGCCAUAAAGUUGUAAAACAAAAAAAAUUGUUGUCACAUGAUGCAUGUGGAGGCCUGACUGAUCCAUCACUGAUGCUUUUAAUGCUUUAUUUUUCAUAUUUCUCUUGCACAGAAAGCACAAACAGAGUGCGGCAGCGUUUAAAAGUGUUAAAAGUGCUCUAAUUGUUUGCUAAAUUCCUCUUUUCAUGUGAUAGUUUGAGAGUCUCUGAAACUGGAUGAAGUGACAGUUCUAUCCAUCAGUGGAUGUUGAUGUUUUACUUCAUGAUGCACUGUGUCAAGUAUUAACCAAACUGUCUGUCUUGCUUAUGUUGAACUUCCCUGUAGGAGCUACAGGAAAACAGGCUGAAUUGUUUUUUUGAGUGUACUGCCAAGUAACUGAGGAUCAGCUUUGCCCAUGUGUAAAACCUUCAUUUUCUCCUUGUGUUUACAUACAGCAGGUAAAAUAAGUAUUGAAUACAUCAACAUUUGACCUAGGAGGUAUAUUUCUGAUGGGGCUGUUACAUGAAAUUUACACCAGAUGUAGUUAACAAUCCAAAUAAUUCAAACAAAAAACCAUAGUUUGCUGAAAAACAGCCAGGAAGUUCCCACCUCCGAGCGUCCCUGUUAGUUUGGUUUGUUUGUGGUAUGUUGUGUGUUAUGGCAUCCAAAGCGUUUAAUAUUAGGCUCACCAUGGAACACAGCUGUAGAAUAAAAAUGCUGAAGCUAAUUUUAAAGGCUUGUACCACAACAUUUGAACCAGCCUGUAAAAUACUGCGAGAAUAUAGUCUGGUCAGAUAACAUAUUGUUUUCUUUUAUACAAUCUGCUAAUUUCAGGUCCUUCUGAAACCCUCCACUAGCGCUCCUUUGCUUUUUGACAUCUCUUUUCACUCUGUCAGAAAUCUUGGGAGGAGCUACUCAUCAUGGCCAGUUUAUGACUAAAUGAAAUGAUCCUCUUUCUACUUCCAGAUUAGGGUCCCAACAAUUCUCAUGUUUGCCGUUACCCAUCGCGAGUUAUUACCUCCGCUGAGGCAGAGGUUAUGAAUUCAGGGGGUUGGUUUGUCUGUCUGGCUGUUAGCAACAUAACUCAUGAAGUUAUGAACGAAUUCUGAUUAAAUUUUCAGGAAAUAUAAGAAAUGGAAUAAGUACCAAAUGGGAUUAGACUUUGUGGGUGAUCCAAAUCACCACCUGGAUUCAGGAGUUUUAAAAAAGAUUUUUACUAUUUACUAUUACUUUGAUGU